AUGUCUGCCAUGUACACCUCUUCUGCGCCCAUGUCGAGCCCUUGCUUUGGAAUGACCGUGUCAUCUUCUCCCGUUCAACACACAUUCCCCAGUCGACCUCCUCUCCCUCGACGACUCUUAUCGUUGCAACACAGUGCACCAUCAACACCGAAAGCAGCGUCUGCAUAUGGCCUCGAGCCUUGCACGCCUUACACAGCGAUGAGCGCACUCGCCGAUCCUCCCUCGUCUGGAAAUCGACCUGGCCUGGCCACACGGCCUGGUGCUCCUAAGCGAUCACACUCUUUUUGUGGAGAUACUUCCAAGUCGACCUUUGCAUUGGCAUCAGCCAAUGCUUGCGGACAUUUGACACCGGACAAGCGUGAAUUGGUGGCUCCUCCUCUGGAGAGGACUUUGAGCAGCAUCGGAUGUAAAGGGAACAGGUCACCUCCUUCUCAACAAAUGGCCAGGCCAUUGAACUGCGCGGGCCCAGCCAUGACCACUCCUCCCACGCCUCCUGACUCACCUCCCGACUUUUUCAGCGCGACUUUGCCUCGAAUCACCAUUCACCCGGGCUCGCCUCAGCGUCUCUCUUCGCCUGGAUCCGCCGGCGCCGAUUCAAGACCCAUGCGUCCCGGCGUCUCACCUCAUCAAUCCAAUCUGUUGGGUCUCUCAGCUCCUUCUCGUCCUUCCCGUCCUGUCCGCCCGUCCCUAGCCCCACUCCGAAAUCACUCCGGAUCGUCUAUCCAUUCGGCAUCGUCUCGAAGCUCUUCAUACACUCUCGCGACGCCGAUGACUCCUCGAGUUCUCUCGAUGCAGAUCCCAGAAGAGGAUGUUUUUGAGAGCCGGCCUGCUGGCAAGGUCGAGAUGCUCAGAGUUGGCGAACAUGACCUCGACGACGAACAAGAUAUGAUGGAAGUCGACGGCAUGAUUGGACGCGUCGAAGAUCUCACCGUCGUCGCUUGA